UUGACACCGCGGUCAGUGAUGCUGCGGAUAUUCGGUAACGCGCUCAGAGAUGGCGCAAAGAGAGUGGCUGCUGUAGCUUCCUUACCUCUUACUGCUUCCAGUGAAGUUGGGCUUAUUUCAAGACAGUCCAGGUAUCUCGGUUCAUUUACAAAACAACUACAGUUGUCAAAUAAUUUUUUAGGAAAUAGUCUGAGUACUAGUCUACUUAGUGAGCAAAUAAGCCAGCCAGUGCUUACUAGUGUCAGGCAUGGUUCUGGCAUAAAAAAACAGAGACUCAUUAUUCCCCCUAAAAAUAAAUGUGUCUACUUUUCUCUGAAAAAUGGCAAAAGGAUAACUAACAAGGAUGUUGUCAAGCGGUUUUAUAGAUUAAACUGGGGAAUAUGGAUUAGAACAAUCGCCGGUCGUCAUAAGCAUCUGUGGAGAAAAUCUCCUAGCAGGAGACAGAGAUCAAAGUGGCACGUCUUUACCAACUCCACGCAGUCUUUUAUGUUGGAUAAAAUGGUCACAAAAUUCUGGAAGCGCCCCAAAUACUAUGUCGACGAUCCUUACGAACCUUAUCACACGCGCAAUGAGUUUUCCCUUACUAGGAAAGUUCCAAGGCCAUUAGAUUAGUUACUUUUAAAAAUAUUUUGUUCAUUUAGAGUUAACACAAUUAAAUAAAUUAUAUUUGUUUUGUAUUAA